CCCAUGACAGAAUCAGGCAGGCAGCUAACAAGUUGACUGUAUAUCUGUGGUCAACAGCUGGUAGAAAGAAUAUCUUUUACUGUGAAGUUAAUGUUAACUGUCUAAAGUUUAAUUGAGUCUCCGUUUGGCUGAAGAGGAAGCUAUUCUACCACCAACUGAAGCAGUACAUAUCUAACGUUUGUAAUAAACAGUAACUAGCCUACAGUUAGCAGACAGACGAACCUCCUGGAUAUUUACAACUGCUUUAUCUACCGAGACUCUCAGGAAACCUACCGGGACACCACAACCAACAAAGAUAUGCAACGGUCCGAGCAGCGCUGACAGGCCGGACUCUGGAUCAACACAACCAUGGAGUCGUCCUCUGAGUCCCAGCAGGAGCCUGAGAAAACUCUGCACCAUGCAGAGUUGAAAGAGCACCUUUCCACCCCCGCUGCCGUGGUGAGCGGUGAUGACCCCGUCCUUCUGACCCCAGGCAGGAUGAGCCAGCGCCAGGUGAAGGAGCGGGACAAGGACAAGGAGAAAGAGGCGGGUCUCCAGACGCCCAACAGGGAGCUUGUCACCACCCCUUCUGCACUCAGCCCGGGGGUCAGCUACACCCACGGUUUCGAGAGAGGGAAGGAGGACCUCUUGCCUCUGCCUUUGAAAGAGGACUCACACUCCAUAUCCAAGAGCAAGUCUGAAACCAAGCUGUACAAUGGCUCGGACAAAGACGUGUCUGCGUCCGGAGGAAAGCUCACCAAGAAGGAGUCCCUCAAGGUCCAGAAGAAAAACUACAGGGAGGAAAAGAAGAGGGCGACCAAGGAGCUGCUCAGCACCAUCACAGACCCCUCUGUCAUAGUGAUGGCUGACUGGCUCAAGAUCCGUGGCACUCUGAAGAGCUGGACCAAGCUGUGGUGUGUGCUGAAACCCGGCGUGCUGCUCAUCUACAAAACCCACAAGAACGGCCAGUGGGUGGGCACGGUGCUGCUGAACGCCUGCGAGCUCAUCGAGCGGCCGUCGAAGAAGGACGGCUUCUGCUUCAAGCUCUUCCACCCGCUGGAGCAGUCCAUCUGGGCCGUCAAGGGUCCUAAAGGAGAAGCAGUGGGCUCCAUCACUCAACCAUUACCCAGCAGUCACCUCAUCUUCCGAGCUGCCUCUGAAUCCGAUGGUCGAUGCUGGAUGGACGCCUUAGAGCUGGCCCUGAAGUGCUCCAGCCUGCUGAAGAGGACCAUGAUCCGCGAGGGGAAGGAGGACAUGAGCACGGUAGCCACCGGAGGAGAACACUCCAUUAACUUCUACAGCCUGCUCCGAGCGCACAACAUCCACGGCUUCCAGUUCAACGACAGUGACCACCUGAAGGACCCGGACCUGUACUCGGACAAGUCUGACCGGGAGGGGGAGCAGGACCACGAGGAGUCGGACCCCGAAGGCCUGGAGAAGAGCGAGGAGAGCGACAGCGACACGUCGGAGCGCCAGGACGACUCGUACAUCGACCUGGACCCGAACGAACACCUGCGGGAAACACCGUACCUGGAGCAGUCCCACGAGGAGCUCGGAGAGGCCGGUGAGGCGGCGCAGACUGAGACGGUGUCAGAGGAGAACAAAUCCCUCAUCUGGACUCUGCUGAAGCAGGUGCGGCCCGGCAUGGAUCUGUCCAAGGUGGUGCUGCCCACCUUCAUCCUGGAGCCGCGGUCCUUCCUGGACAAACUCUCCGACUACUACUACCACGCAGACUUCCUGUCAGAAGCUGCGAUCGAAGAGAACGCUUACAACCGGAUGAAGAAGGUGGUGAAGUGGUACAUCUCUGGGUUUUACAAGAAGCCAAAGGGGUUGAAGAAGCCUUAUAACCCCAUUAUCGGAGAGACGUACCGCUGCAUGUGGCUCCACCAGCAGACCAACAGCAAGACCUUCUACAUCGCAGAACAGGUAUCCCAUCAUCCUCCUGUGUCGGCCUUCUACGUCAGCAACAGGAAGGAUGGAUUUGCCCUCAGUGGAAGCAUCCUCGCUAAGUCCAAGUUCUACGGAAACUCUCUGUCGGCCAUAUUGGACGGGGAGGCUCGGCUCAAUUUUCUCAACCGAGGAGAGGACUACGUGAUGAACAUGCCGUACGCUCACUGUAAAGGCAUCCUGUACGGCACCAUGACCCUGGAGCUGGGGGGCCAGAUCACCAUCGCCUGUGAGAAAACGGGCUACAGUGCACAGCUGGAGUUCAAACUAAAGCCUUUCUUGGGCAGCAGCGACUGUGUCAACCAGAUCUGUGGGAAGAUCAAGCUGGGAAAGGAGGUGUUAGCCACGCUAGAGGGACACUGGGACAGCGAGAUCUUCAUCAACGACAAGAAGACGGGCACCGUGGAAACCUUCUGGAACCCGACGACGGAGCUGAGGCAGAGUCGACUCACCCGCUACACCGUCCCCCCCGAGGAGCAGGGGGAGUAUGAAUCAGAGAGGCUGUGGCAGCACGUGACCCGCGCCAUCAACAACAAGGACCAGACGGAGGCCACCAAUGAGAAGUUCUUCCUGGAGGAGGCCCAGAGGAAGUCUGCGCGCGAGCGGAAAGCUAAGUGCGAGGAGUGGACCGCGCUGUUCGAGCAGGACCCCGUCACCGGAGAGUGGCAUUACCGAUAUGCCGACACGAGGCCAUGGGAUCCGCUCAAUGACUUGAUCCAGUUUGAGAAAGACGGCUGCAUCCAGACCAAGGUCCGACACCGCACCCCUAUGGUGACGGUGCCAAAGAGGAAACACAAGAGCGACAAGCCCAAGAAGCCGGAGAGUGGCUGCUCCUCUCCAGAACCCGACCGCCAGGACUCGUCUGGCAGUGAACGACACAAAAGCAAGCAUAACAGUCGGCUGAGGAAAAAAGGAGCAGACCUCAGUGAACUUCAAAGUGCCAUUGAAUCUAUAAAGAAGACGCAGGAGGACAUCAACAGGAACAUCAGCGUGCUGCGGAGCCGUGCGGCCGGCCGGGUGGAGAGCGCCUCGUUCCUCCAACAGCGCGACUACGUCAUCAUCGUCCUCCUCAUCCUCCUUCAGGUCCUGAUCAACUAUGUCUUCAAGUAGCAGACACACACACACACGUAAAGUGGGGGACUUUGAGAUGUGAACUUGGACAUCUUCUUUAUUAAAUCAAAACGUCCAGAAAAAAGCGGAGACUUUCACACAGACAGGUUUUUUAUUUUUAUCCGAUCCAUUCCAAAGCUCUGGGGAAGAUCCACAGAUUUCAAAGCGAAGAAGAGCAGCGAGAGGAGGAAGAGGAGGUGAUGAAGUCUCAACUGCCACUCUGGAGCUCGUUGAUUUGCCUCAAUGUAGAGGCAAAGGCAGCAGCCAUUCUGAGCUCUUAUUCGUUGUGUUUUCCCCCGAUAGAGUGACACUCUUCUGUGACUUACAUUUCAUUUUAACAGGGAACCCUUCACCACGGAGACGGGAGCACCAGGACUCACAGAUUCCUUUCAUUCUAAUGUUUUUUUAAUCGUUUUGUUUGUUCUUGUGUGUGCUUGCUGUGUCCUGUGUGAUCAUGGGUCAGUGAGAAGGGAGGGAAACACAAAGUGGUCCAGUCUACGUGACUUUUAUUUUUUUAUUACCAGCUGGCGGUGUGUUGACAAAGAAGAUAAUUAACACAAAUAAUAUUGUUUUGAAAAAGGAACAGAAGUGAUCAUUUCUGCUGUAUUAUCACCUUUUGCAUACAAAGAAAAAAGAACAGUGAGCGUCGCCGUGCACUGCAGGUAGCAUGUAAAGACGGUGUGUACAGUAUUUUAUCAAACGGCAGACGUGUGUUGGUAAUAUAGUUUUUUAUCAGUUGAAUUUGAACAGUUCUGCUCUGAGGAGGUUACGAGCAUCAACAGAAAGUGAUUUUUGUGAUUUUUCAUGUGUUUCAGUGACUACUGCCCUACUUUGAGGUAAAAGGGGUUGAUUUGGUUUAUUCAAGUCAUCUGAGUUCAGGCUAAAAUACGCCUUGUUAGACCUGAUGGUGAGUUUAGAAUUAUAGUUGGCUUAUUUGCUUUCUUGCUGAGAGUUGAGAAAAGCCAGUUAGCUUAGCUUAGCAUAAAGAUGGGAAACAGCUAGCUUGCGUGACAUCUCUGUGAUGUAAUCUGUCCAAAAUGUGUGCAUUAGAGAGCUUGCAAAGUGUGUGUUUCUUUUGGACAGAGCAAGGAUCUGUUUUGGAGUCUUUAUGCUAAGCUAAGCUAAUCAGCUAGCUUCAUAUUUACUGUACAGAGAAGGAUAUCAUCCAUCUAACUUACAGCAAGAAAGGAAGUCUUUUCCAAAAGAAACAACUACGUUAUCCUCUGAAACUCAACAUUUCAUUGUGUUGAAACCAUACAGACAAUAUCUGAAAGGUGUAAAACAGACUCCAGACCAAGCCAUGGGAGACAAAAACCCUUCCCCAUCAAACACAGGUCAUUGCUUUCAGUGCUUUUCGAGCCUCGGAUGCUAAUAUAAUAGACACUUUAGUACGCUACUAGGAAGACUAGGACGUUUUUUCUAACUUAUCACCACAGUAAACCAUUCCAGACGUACGCAAAGUACCAGCCAAACUCAGUGUGUAGAGUAGGAGUCGACCCCGUUCACUGUGUAAAUAUUCCAACCAAACACCAAGGGUCACAAAACCACACCGACACUCCCGCGCUUUGUGCACAAGCCAGUCUUUUUUAACCCUGUGUGUCUUUCUGUCCACUGCUCGAUACACAUGGACAUGAGGGGGGAAACUCUGUGUUAAUCAGGAGUUUGCUAACUGAAAGGAAGGAAGUCUUGUGAGGGACGCUUUGUCUCUUUCCUCUUUGGAAACAUGGAUUUUAAAGACCCAAAAACAAAUGGCGGGCAUACAACUGAACAUGCUAAUGAAUGAAGGCAGCAUUAUCUUUAAGAUAGCUUUGAUGAGGCGAUUAAAAAAUAUCUGAUCUGAUUUAUAUGAUAUCUACUCAACGCCUGUCGUGAUGUUUAGCCCGAGAGAUCUUUGUAACGCUAACACAGGCUGAAAGAAAGACUGGUAGCAUCGUGGGGAUGGAAAAGUUACCCGGCUGGCCCGUGUGUAUCUGUACGUGUUUUAUUGUGUAUCCUCAUUGCCUCGAUCGUUCAUCUAAGAUGUUAGAAUGUGGAGAAAUACGUUUAAAACCAGUGCCUUCUAGACUCGGACUGGGGAGGGGCUGGAAAUAUAGGGGGGUUUAUUGGAGGGGGGUGUAGAGGAGGGAGCUAUCAAAUGUCUGAGGUGGGAACUAUCUGGGUUGACAGCAGCAGUGGUGGUGGUGGUGGGACUCUGACUAGUGUGGAAGAGGGUCAUGGCCACAGGUGAAAGGGCUUUUUAGUCAGAAUUCUGGCUUUAAAUUACUCAAACUCACAAAGAUCUUUUUUAAAACAUACUGAAAUAACUUUAUUCUUUUUUAUAUCAAAAAAUGAAGUGUAAAAUAUGCUUUGUUGGACCUGAUGGUGAUUUAAAAACACAGAAUAAAAGUGUGCUAAUUUGCUUUCUUGCUAAGAGUUGACAGAUUAGCAGUCAGUUAGCCUAGCUUAGCUUAGCACAAAGCCUGGAAACAGCUUGCUUGCUUGGCUAUGACAAAAGUAAGCUCACUUACACGUUACAUCUCUUUGAUGUAAUCUGUCCAAAACGUUUUCAUUUGAGAGCUUCCGAAUAUAUUGUACUGUUUGGAGUAUUUAUGCUAAGUGCUAAGCUAAGCGGCUAAUGUCGUUAGCUUCAUAUUUACUGAACAGCGAGGGGUGUCAUCUUCUUAUAACUUAAAGUAAGAAAGAGAGUAAGUGUAUCUACCAGGAGACCUUGAGAAGGUAAUUGAUGUUGUUACCUUGAACCAGGGUCUGUUUAGAGGCUGAAUGCUGAGCUAAGCUAAAAGCUAAGCAGCUACUUUCUUUAGCUUCAUUUUAACAUAUAGCAGAAAGUGAGUUACUGUAUAAUCCAAGUGUUCAAUCAGAGUGCUUGUGAAUUAAGUGUAUGCUGUGAGUUUUGGACAGAACCAGGGUCCAUUUAGAGUAUUUGUGCUAAGCUUAAAGUGCAUUUGAAUUAUCAUUCUGACUUCAAAUGACUCAGAGAUGAUUUACUGUUAAUUAAUUGUUCACCUGUGGCCCUGAUCCUGUAGGCCUCAGUCACUAGAGUUGUAAGCAGACGUGCCAUAUGAAGCCUUAUAAACCAGUCCGACCCCACUCCACCCAGCUCUCACCCCCCCCCCCCCCCCUCCUAAAACAACCCCAUAAUAUCUCACCCAUAGGUUCCAUCCAGAUGCUGACCCCUGCCACAGCAGAGACCGGUGCGAGGGGGGAGCCUGUUCCUCCCUCAGUCUCACACACCAAAUCCAGAGGGAAAUAAACAUCUCUGCUGAUGUUUCUGUAAAAUAAUGCAUUUUAUUUAUUCCUCUUUUCUAUGUCCUGUUUGUUUGUUUGUCUGUUUAUCCUUAUUCUAGCUUUAAGCGUUAGAUAGCAGUUGUUGGUUUUUUUAAAGCUGAUUUUGAAUUCACACGCAGUUGAUUUUAUCCCGCGCCUCAUUACUUGACACACACACACAAGGGACUAUUCUUAACUUGUGCACAAUGUCAACUGCCACACACACACACACACACACACACACUUUUUCCUAUCUGAAUACUGAAUAUAUUUCCUGUAUCUCCAUGGCAACUAUAACUUCCUGUAGGUUUAUGGUCACAUGUAACAUAACAGAAUAAAAACAAAUGAUAUCA